CCUUCGAGAUACUGACAAACUCAAGGAAUUCAAGAUAGCUCUCAACAUCAGGUUUCAAGCCUCAUACAGAACAACAAGAAACGGAUCAAAGAAGCAGUAACUCUAAAGUGACAGGAGCUACUGGACCUCAAGUGUCACUAUAACUAAGAAUGGAUCUCUGUCGAGACACUGGACAUUAUUCAAGAAAGAAUGAACAAGAAGACAGAAAUUAACAACUGCCGAACAAAAACAGAGAAAGACAAGGUACAAGCUGGUUACACUGAAGCAAACAAGCUAGUGGAGAGGAACAUUAAAGCUGACAAGUGAGGAUACAUGGAACAUUUUGCGACUACAGCGGAAAAAAUGCAAGAGAUCAAAAUAUGAGACAACUAUAUGACAUAACGAAGAAACUAGCAGGGAAAUAUAGUAAACAAGAGGGGCCAGUCAAGGACAAAGAAGGGAAGCCAACCACUGAGAUUCAAGUACAGAGAAACAAAUGGGUAAAACACCUUGAGAAACUCUUGAAUUGGACAGCUCCAUUGAAUCCAUCGGACAUUGAAGCAGCACUCACAUAUAUUCCUAUAGUCGUCACUCCACCAACGACCGAAUAAAUCAGGAUGACGGGUCAUCAGAUAAAUCAAGAGAGGAAAAGCAUCAGGACCUGACAAACUACCAGCUGAAGCACUGAAGUCAGGUAUAGAAGUAACUGCAAAUAUGCUAUACGAUCCAUUCAGGAAGAUUUGAGAGGAGGAACAAAUGCCGACAGAUUGAGAAGAAGGAUAUCAAAUCAAAAUACCAAAUAAAGGUCUGAGAAAAUAUGAGAACUACAGAGGUACACCGUAAUGUCAGUACCAGGAAAAAGUUCCCAACAGAGUGUCGCUGAACCGGAUGACAAACUCAGCAGACGCCCAAAUUCAAGAUCAACAGUUCGGCUUCCGUAAGCAUCGGUCGUGUACAAAACAAACCACGACAUUUCGGACCAUCGAUGAACAAUCCAUUGAAUAAAAGCCACCACUGUACAUCAUCUUCCUUGAUCAUAAAAAAGAAUUUUACAUUGCUGAUAGGAAAACCAUAGGGAACCUUCUUCCAUACUAAGAGAAUCGUCAACAUCAUACGGAAUUCACGCGACGGACUAGAGUGCAGUUUACGUCACUUUGUGGCCCUCUCUUGUACUUGCCAUCGUUUACUAACAAUUUUCUUAUCACCAUAGUGUCAUAUUAAGGCCUGGAACUGUACCCGGUAAACAUUUCCGAACGGUAAAUAUACAGUGUUUGUUAUUGAUUUUAGAAGACAAUCGUUUGAGCUAUUUUGUCAAUUUUUACUGAUGUAUAGUUUAUGUCAUCAUUCCUCCAGAUGUGUGUGAAAGUUUAAGUGAUUCUCUCUUUGGUCUGUGGAAGUAUUAAACCAAUUUUCGUAUUUAAAUGUGGUGUCAGCAUUCACUUGCCUUAUUUUAAUCCGGAAUGUUUCUAGUCUUUUUGUUUCUUUCUUACAAAUUUUAUAGUGGCUUGUCAAUUAUUUUGGCUCACUUUCUGUCGAUGAUUCGUUGGAGUGUUUGAGAGCUAUGCUACAGGCAAACAUUAGACAAAAUCUCCACGUCUGUGUCCAGAUUGCUACUAAGUAUCACGAACAGUUGGGGACAAAUGCGCUUAUCGAAAUUUUCGAAUCAUUCAAAUCAUUUGAAGGCUUGUUUUAUUUUUUGGGGUCUAUUGUUAAUUUUAGUCAAGAACCUGAAGUUCAUUUUAAAUAUAUUCAAGCUGCCUGUAAAACCGGACAAGUCAAAGAAGUUGAACGUAUUUGUCGCGAAAGCAAUUGUUAUGAACCAGAACGAGUUAAAAAUUUUCUUAAGGAGGCAAAACUUACGGAUCAAUUACCUCUUAUUAUUGUCUGCGAUCGCUUCGAUUUUGUUCAUGAUCUCGUCCUUUAUUUGUUUCGUAAUAAUUUGCAGAAAUACAUUGAGAUUUAUGUGCAAAAAGUUAAUCCAGCCCGUUUACCAGUGGUUGUUGGAGGUCUUUUAGAUGUUGAUUGUUCAGAGGAUAUAAUAAAGCAGUUGAUGGCCGUUGUUCGUGGUCAGUUCAAUACUGAUGAACUUGUUGCAGAGGUGGAAAAGCGCAAUCGGCUGAAGUUACUACUGCCAUGGCUUGAAUCACGUGUACAUGAAGGUUCUGUUGAGCCUGCUACACACAAUGCCCUAGCAAAGAUUUACAUUGACCUUAAUAACAAUCCUGAACGUUUCUUGAGGGAAAAUCAGUAUUAUAAUAGCUCUGUUGUCGGUAAAUACUGUGAAAAGCGUGAUCCACAUUUGGCGUGUAUUGCAUAUGAACGUGGACAUUGUGACCAAGAUCAAAUCAGAGUACGUUUUACAUAUAAUGUGUCAUUUUCAACUCUAAUUUAUUUUUAA